AUGUCUAGCAUUGAAACCAUCCAAAACAUGAAAGCACGAAUCCUCACCGUGAUGGCAACCAGAGCCGAAGACCAAGACCUUGUCUUGUCUACAGCCAACAAGCACAGCAUCAGAUCUUCAGACCCAUCCCAAUGGACCAAGGAAGAAUGUAUCGUCCCCUGCUUCGGCUGGCACCCAUGGUUCUCCUAUCAAAUGUACAUAUCGUCAGACUCAGACUCCCAACAAGAUAGAAACAGCGAACAGCUAGAGGACCAAGGCCACCUCACCGGCCAAGAAAAAAUAUCCCAUUACCAAUCCGUCCUCCAACCCUUCCGCUCCGACCCCAGCGAAGAAGACCUCCAAAUCUACUCUUCAUUACCAGAUCCAACACCCUUCUCUACCUUCUUGAAGCUCACAAGACAACAUCUGCAACAAUACCCUUACGCGCUGAUUGGCGAAAUUGGUCUCGACCGCUCCUUCAGAAUCCCUGAGUCCUGGACUGGCAAUUCAGAUCUAUGGUCGAAACGUGACAGCAACCUGACUCCCGGUGGCCGCGAAGGCAGACGUCUAACACCAUUUCGAUGUAGUCCCGCGCACCAGAAGAAGAUCUUCAAGCUGCAAUUAGACCUUGCAGCCGAGAUGGGAAGGGCGGUCAGCGUACACGGUGUACAAGCCCAUGGGCUGGUUCUCGAGGUGCUGAGUGAGACGUGGAAGGGCUGUGAGAAAGAAGUUCUGAGCAAACGAGAGAGGAAGAAGAGAGGUCAAGACCAUCCUGCAGCUGAAGCCGCGUUAUCCGCUGAUGAGACGCGGAAUAAUGGAAGCGGGGACAAGGACGAUGCACUGAAACCCUACCCACCACGUAUAUGCCUUCACUCCUACUCCGGUUCUCCAUCCAACUUCGCGCAAUACCUUCAUCCUAGUAUCCCCUGCAAAAUUUUCGCGUCGUUUAGCACGGCGAUUAACCUCUCUGAUGCGCUUGAUGAGCAAGACACACCGCAGGCUUUUCAGGAUAUCAUCAAGACUGUUCCAGAUGACAUGUUGCUGGUAGAGAGCGAUCUGCAUACUGCGGGUGAGGAGAUGGACAGGAGAUUGGAAGAUAUCAUUCGUAGAAUUUGUAGGAUCAAGGGCUGGGGGCUGGAGGAGGGCGUUAGUAGACUCGGCAGGAAUUGGAGGGCUUUUGCUCUAGGGGACGAAUGA